AUGGAGGAAGUGAAGGAGGGCAAGGACUAUCACUUCCCCACGGAGGAGGAGUCCAUCCUCAAGCGGUGGCAGGAGAUUGAUGCCUUCAAGACUCAGCUGAAAUUGACAGAGGGCAAGCCAGAGUACUCGUUCUACGAUGGCCCGCCGUUCGCAACCGGCCUUCCCCACUAUGGCCAUCUCCUGGCCGGCACCCUCAAGGACAUUGUGACGCGCUAUGCCAGCCAGACCGGCUACCACGUCACCCGCCGCUUCGGCUGGGACUGCCACGGCCUGCCGGUGGAGUACGAGAUCGACAAGAAGCUCAACAUCAAGUCCCGUGAUGAGGUGAUGGCCAUGGGCAUUGGAAAGUACAACGAGGAGUGCCGCUCCAUCGUGAUGCGCUACUCGCGCGAGUGGGAGGACAUUGUGCACCGCCUGGGGCGCUGGAUCGACUUUGAGAACGACUACAAGACCCUGGACCCAACCUUCAUGGAGUCGGUGUGGUGGGUGUUCAAGCAGCUGUUCGACAAGGGGCUGGUGUACCGCGGAUUCAAGGCAAGCAGCCGGGCCGCUGGUGCAGCGCAGGCAGCGCAGGCCACCGUCAUGCCCUACUCCACCGGCUGCUCCACCCCGCUGUCCAACUUUGAGGCAGGGCAGAACUACAAAGAUGUGUCGGACCCAGCCGUCAUCGUCUCCUUUCCUCUGGACGGCGAUGAGGAUGGGGCCAGCCUGGUGGCGUGGACCACCACCCCCUGGACCCUCCCCUCCAACCUGGCGCUCUGCGUGAAUGCCGAGUUUGAUUACGUCAAGGCUCGGGACCCGGCCACGGGCAAGGUGUAUGUUGUGAUGGAGUCGCGGCUGGGGGAGAUCCCGGGCGCUGUGCCCAAGGCCAAGAAGGGCAAGAAGGGGGCCGAGGAUGGGCCGGCGCCAAAAGGGUUCGAGAUCAUCGCCAGGCUCAAGGGCGCGGAGCUCAAGGGGCGCACCUACCAGCCCCUCUUCCCCUACUUUGCCAAUCUCAAGCAGCAGGGCGCCUUCCAGGUUGUGGCAGACCCGUAUGUCACCGCAGACAGCGGCGUGGGCAUCGUGCACCAGGCGCCCGCCUUUGGCGAGGACGACUACCGGGUGUGCCUGGCCCACGGCGUGAUUGCCAAGGGGGAGGGCGUGCCGUGCCCGGUGGACGACGAUGGGCGGUUCACAGAGGUGGUGGCUGACUUCAAGGGCAUGUAUGUCAAGGAGGCGGACAGGGAGAUCAUCCGCGCGCUGAAGGCGGCGGGGCGGCUGGUGGACCAGGGCUCCAUCAUGCACUCCUACCCCUUCUGCUGGCGCUCAGACACCCCGCUCAUCUACAAGGCCGUGCCCUCCUGGUUUGUGCGGGUGGAGGAGAUCAAGCCGCAGCUGCUGGCCAACAACGAGAAGACGCGCUGGGUGCCCAGCUACGUUCAGGAGAAGCGGUUCCACAACUGGCUGGAGAACGCGCGGGACUGGGCCAUCUCGCGGUCCCGCUUCUGGGGCACCCCCAUCCCCAUCUGGAUCAGCGAGGACUAUGAGGAGGUGGUGGUGGUGACCGACCUGCACCGCCACUUUGUCGACCACCUCACCAUCCCAUCCCGCCAGGGCAAGGGCGUGCUGCGGCGCGUGGACGACGUCUUUGACUGCUGGUUCGAGUCGGGCUCCAUGCCCUACGCCCAGCAGCACUACCCCUUUGAGAACAAGGAGCGCUUCGAGCGCGGCUUCCCCGCUGACUUUGUGGCAGAGGGGCUGGACCAGACCCGCGGCUGGUUCUAUACCCUGAUGGUCCUCUCCACCGCCCUCUUCGACAAGCCCGCCUUCAAGAACCUGGUGUGCAAUGGCCUGGUGCUGGCGGCAGAUGGCAAGAAGAUGAGCAAGCGGCUGAAGAACUACCCGGACCCAAUGGAGGUGGUGAACAAGCACGGGGCCGACGCGCUGCGCCUCUACCUCAUCAACUCACCCGUGGUGCGUGCCGAGACGCUCAAGUUCAAGGAGGAGGGGGUGUUUGGGGUGGUGAAGGACGUCUUCCUGCCCUGGUACAACGCAUACAGGUUCAUGGUCCAGAACGCGGUGCGGUGGGAGCAGGAGACGGGGCAGGCCUUCCAGCCGCUGAGCGUGGAUGUGUCUGCUGCCACCAACGUGCUCGAUCGCUGGAUCUGUGCCGCCUCGCGCUCGCUCACCGCCUUUGUGCGGGAGGAGAUGGAGGCGUACAGGCUGUACACCGUGGUACCGUACCUGGUGCGCUUCAUUGACUCCCUCACCAACGUGUAUGUGCGGUACAACCGCAAGCGGCUCAAGGGGCGCAACGGGCCGCACGACACGCUGCUGGCGCUGGCCGCGCUGUUUGAUGUGCUGCACACGGUGUGCAAGGUCAUGGCACCCUUCACGCCCUUCUUCACAGGCGAGCAGAUCGGGGUGGCUGGAGGGACUGUGUGGGCGAUGUACCUCAACCUGCGGCGCGCACUGCCGCCCGGCGCCCCAGAGAGCGUGCAUUUCUGCGAGAUACCCGAAGCGGAGGCGGCGCAGGCCGGCGAUGCCCAGAUCCAGACCAGCGUGGAGCGCAUGCAGCGCGUGAUUGAGCUGGCGCGGGCGAUCCGGGAACGGCACGGGCGCGGCGUGAAGAUGCCGGUGCGCGAGGUGGUGGUGGUGCACCCCGACCAGAGCUUCCUUGACGACCUGACCGGCGAGCUGCGGGAGUAUGUGGCGGAGGAGGUCAACGUUCGCUGCCUCACCCCCUGCGCCGACCCGCUGCGCUACUGCACCGUGCGGGCGGAGCCGGAGUGGGGGGUGCUGGGCAAGCGGCUGGGCAGGGCGAUGGCGGCGGUGGCCAAGGCGGUCAAGGCGCUGCCCAUGGAGGACAUCUUGGCUUAUGAGGAGGGCGGCAGCCUGACUGUGGAGGGCGUGGAGCUGGGAGCUGGGGACUUGAAAAUCCUGCGAGACUUCUCGCCGCCAGCGGGCAGCACGCCGGAGGAGGUGGAUGCUGCGGGCGACGGCGAGGUGCUGGUGGUGAUGGACCUGCGGCCUGAUGAGGAGCUGCGCCUGCGCAAGAAGGCCGGCCUGCAGCCCACGGAAGCAGUCAGCGUGUUCUUCGAGGUCACUUCUGCGGCACCCGGCGCGCCCGACGUGGCGGCGGCGCUGGCCAGCCAGGAGGGCUACGUGCGGGAGAGCCUGGGUGCGGCCAUCCUGCCUGCCAGCCAGCAGGCCGCGGGGCAAGAGGUGGUGGGCAGCGAGGAGCACUCCCUGGGGGGGGAAGAUGCCAGGGUGGAGUUUGUGCUGACGCUGACGCGGCCGGCGGGCGGCGGCGGUGCGUCGGUGGCGGCGGCUGCCGCGCAGCUGCAGCAGCAAGCGCUGUAG